AUGUCAGAAUCACUAAAUAUUAACCCUCCAUCUUUAAAUGAAUUGAAAAAAUCCAAAUCAGCGAAUUCAUUGAGUUGUAAUUUAGGACCUAAAGUUUUAGUGGUUGAAGAUAAUGCAGUUAAUAGAAUGAUUUUAGUUACAUUUUUGAAAAAACGUGGGAUUAGGUUAGAUGAAGCUGAAAAUGGAGCUAUUAGAGUUGAAAAAUUUAAAAAAGCAUUAGAUGAUUAUGGAGAAUAUCCUAAUCGAAAAGGAUUUGAUAUCCCAUUUACUCAAAAGAAUAGAAUUUUACAAAGAAGAGUAUCGAUCAAUUCUCAAAACAAUUCAUUUUCAAUCACAAGUUUAUUAUUAAAACCUAAAAUAUCGAUAAAAUACCUAAAUCAACAACAAAAUUCAAAACAUCACCUUUUUACCAUCCCAUCACCAAUACCUUCAUCACCAAGUUUUCCUAUUAUUGAAAAUAAUACUAUCAAUACUAUUACUAAACGUUCUCAUUCUUUAACUGGAUUAGCUAGUGAAGAAGAUAAAGAUCUAGCUUUUGAAAGUGAAGUUGAUGGAUUUUUAACCAAACCUGUUAGUUUAAAAAUGUUGGAAAAAGUAUUAAAAAAAUGGUCAGAAAAAAAAGAACAAUCAAGUGAAAAUAGUAGUGUUGGAAGUAGUAAUAGUAGUAAUAGUAGUAGUGAAGGAAGUACAUGA